CAAUUCAUAGAUUUAUUUUAAGUUAUGAUUAGAUCAUUAUAAGUGGAUGCAUAGAUUAUUUGAAGCUAUCACUUCUUCAUUGAGACUAUCCUACCAAUUGACCUUAUUUGCUGCACAAAUAUAGCACACCUUGGUGCAAUUGCUAGUUAAAUAUUUGUUUAACACGUGUCUGAUAAAUCUUCCCUGAUUUGAAAAGGAGAUAAGAGAACAGAGCCGACCAUAUUUCGAUUGAAAUAUGAGAAAAAGCUAAAAUUGUUCCAGACUAGAAAAGUAGAAACCCGUACAAUCUUUUUUUUUUAAUAUUAAUCUGAAAUUCGUUGGAAUCAUCCAAAGAAACCCUCGAGAAAUAAUUUUCCCGAUCGUUUCAACUCUUGUUUAGUUUCUGCUAGGGUUUUACUCUGAAAUUUCACUCUUCGUUGCGAUUUGAUCUGUGAAAGGUAAUAUUGAAUCUUUUGGUAUUGCGGACAAGAGACAAGGAUGCAAGGUGGGGAGGAAGAGACAAGGAUGCAAGGUGGGGAGGAAAUGAGCAUUGAGGAACUCAACCUCAAUGUCAAUACAUACAAAGAGCAGCUGCAACAGGUCAGAGAGCUCUUGGCGGCAGAUCCAGUAAAUUCUGAGUACACAGAAAUGGAGAAAGAACUACGAGAGCUUAUUGCUCUCACGGAGGAACUCUUGGCAACUGCUAAACAAUCCCAAACAGCAGGUGGAGAGUCUAAUAAUGCCACAUCUAUUUCAACUUCUGAACAACAUUAUCAGAACAGAAUGGUCACCAAUCAGGAUUCAGAUUCACCUAUAGAAACUGGUGACACAUUUCCAGUUGGUGCCAAAGUUCAAGCUGUCUGGAGUGCCGAUGGAGAGUGGUAUGAUUCAACAGUUGAGAGUAUUACUUCAAUUGGAUACUUUGUCAUCUACGAUGAGUGGGGCAAUAAGGAGGAGGUUGACUUUGCAAAUGUAAGGCCGAGACAGGAAGGGGCUGUAAAUGCCUUGCUAGAGGCUGAAAAGCAAGCUGAAGCUACCAAACAGGCCAUCAAGCGAAAAAUUGCACAAGCUGCUGUUGUUGAUGUAUUUUCACGUGAGUUACCACCGAAGCUUCGAAUUAAUCCUGAUGAUCCCGAGGAUGUGAAAGCGGCUAAGAAAAAGAAAAUACACGCUUUCAAGUCAAAGGUACGCCUUGAGCAACAGGAGGUGACUCAAAAUAAGCGGCAAAAUGCCUGGCAGCAAUUCCAAACAACAAAAUCACAAUCAAAGAAGAUUGGAUUUUUCUCAGGACGAAAGAAAGAAAGCAUUUUCAAAUCUCCAGAUGAUCCAAAGGGUAAGGUCGGUGUAACUGGCAGUGGGAAGGGAAUUACCGAGUUUCAAAAGCGGGAAAAGCAUCUCCAUUUGAAAGGUGGUCCAGAAGAAGUAGAUGACUAAAAGAUGAAUUUCCAGCCGCCAUAGUGCUUUCUUGGUUUCAAGAUAUUUGAAAAAGCAUGUUGCUUCUCUUGGCAGCUUAAGGAAAAGAAUUAUUCCAUUGCGUAAAAUAGCAUUAAUCUCUGUGGCCUCUCUCAUUCUUUGAGGCCCUGUUUUUUUGUUAAACACUUUCAUUUAGCAACUAUUAUGUAUAUUAAUUGAACUAGUUAUACUCUUCUUUUCUUUAAUGGAGAUUUUUUUCAGGUA